AUGGACUUCGCCUGCGUCAUGCCGCCGUACCUCGAGCGCACGGUCGCCGACUGGCUCAGGGACGACUGCCCGAGCCUCGACGUCGGCGGCCUCGUCGUCGGCGACGGCGUCACGACGGCGACGCUCUGGUGCAAGAGCAGCGGCGUCCUCGCCGGCAAGCCCUUCUUCGACGCGACCUUCGCGGCGCUCGGCGACUGCGUCGUGACCUGGCUCGUCGACGAGGGCGCCGCCAUCGAUUGCGCCGGCGGCAAGGUCAGGGCCGCGACCGUCGUCGGCCCGGCGCGGAAGCUCCUCCUCGGGGAGCGGACCGCGCUCAACGCGCUGUCGCGCGCGUCGGGCGUCGCGUCGGCGGCGAAGCGCGCCGUCGACGUCGCGCGGUCCGUCGGCUGGCGCGGCACCGUCGCGGGCACGCGGAAGACGACGCCGGGCUUCCGCAUCGUCGAGAAGUACGCGCUGCUGAUCGGCGGCGCGGGCACGCACCGCCUCGACCUGUCGCAGAUGGUCAUGCUCAAGGACAACCACGUCUGGGCCGCCGGGUCCAUCACGACGGCCGUCACGACGGCGAAGCGGGCCGCGGGCUUCAGCGCGAAGAUCGAGGUCGAGUGCCGCGACUUGGGCGAAGCGCUCGAGGCGGCCGCCGCGGGCGCGGACGUCGUCAUGCUCGACAACUUCGACCCCGCGGACCUCAAGGUCGCCGCCAAGGCCGUCAAGGCGGCCCACCCCCACGUCCUCGUCGAGGCGUCCGGCGGCAUCACGCUCGACACGAUGGCGUCGUACCUCUCGCCGGACGUCGACGUCGUCUCCCAGGGCGCGCUCACGCAGGGCUACGCCUGCGUCGACUUCUCCCUCAAGCUCCCCAAGCCCGAGGGGCUCACCUGCAACGUCUAG